GAAUGCUCGGGGUCGGGACAGCGCUGCUUUCCUCGCCAAACAUCACCGGGAACGCGCCAUCGACACAACUUCCGAGCGCGGCACCCAAUCAGCGAAACGAUAAGGAUACGCGGAGCACAACUGUAUGGCGGAGAGUGUUCUGUUAAAGAAGUCACGUACAGCGGCUCAAGAGAAACGCUGGACCAAACCUGCGGGGACAGACUUCGUUUGGCAGCCCGUUACCGCUGCAAGAUGCUCUGGUACAAGUGGGUUCUACUCGGCAUGGACAUCUUGACGUGUUUUUCUGUCUGGGCAGGACCAAUACCAACACCUUCGACACGCAGCAUUACCAGACAUUCCCACUGGGAGAGCACCACAAGGAACAGCCAUAGCGUGACUGCCACCAGAAACAGCCACAGUGUGACUGCCACUAGGAAAACUCACAAGGAGAGCACCACGGGGAACGGCCACAGGAAAGGGACACCGCGGAGAACAACGCCCAAACACGAACUUCCUCUUGCAGCCAAAAGAACACAUCACUCCACAGACUUUACCUCCGAGGACUUCAUCACGAUCCCGAGAAGAGAUCUGCCGCAGAUGUGUGAGAAGUUGAGUCGAGACUCCUCUGCCUACCCCGACACCCGGUCCCACCCGCCCGUGUUCCUCCCACUGGAGGCUACUGCCCCUGCCACGACGACACUUCAAGCGACAUCGCCAAUGCCAGGCGCAACCUCCUCUAAGUUUGGAUCAAGUACGCCGUGGGUGGACGACUUGGGUGGCAAGAGACACUUCCGAGUUGUAACUGUACUGGACUCGCCUUUCACAAUGGUGGAGAAGAAUGAGUCCGGAGGGUAUCGGUACGUAGGGUUCUGUGUGGAUCUUAUCAACGCCAUAGCGGAUCAUCUAGGCUUUACGUACGAGCUGUACGAACCGCCAGACGGCCAGUACGGAGCGGAGAAAGACGACGGGACGUGGUCUGGCAUGGUGGGAGAGCUCAUCUCCGGGCGGGCUGACAUUGCUCUCGCUGCAAUGACAAUCAGUUCAAAACGGGAGAAGGUCAUCGACUUCACUGCUCGGUAUAUGGACUAUGGUACUGGCUUAAUCAUGAAGAAACCCAAAGAAGGCAGCCGAGAGCUGUUUGCAUUCUUCCUACCGUUCGAGAUGACCGUCUGGAUCGGAGUCAUGGCCUCCAUUUUCGUUGUUGCGGUUCUGCUGAGUCUCACAAGUCUCGUGAGAGUCAAGUUGAAUCUCGUGGAUCACUCUCGGCACGAAAAUGACGCCGAUUUCGAUCUAAGAAACAGCGCUUGGUUCUCCUACGCGUCACUUCUGAGAAAAGGUGUUGAGCCUCAGCCGAGAUCAACCCCAAACCGUAUCCUAGCGGGUGCCUGGUGGCUGUUUGGUCUCAUCGCCAUCUCAACCUACACGGCCAACCUCACGGCCUUCCUGACCGUCAAGAGACUGGAACAGCCGAUCAGAUCCGUGGACGAUCUGGUCAAACAAACAAAAAUCAAAUACGGCAUCCCGAAGGGCGGGAGCACAUACGCCUUCUUCCAGGAUCAACAAACCACAGGUACAGUCUAUGAACUGAUGUGGAACUACAUGAACGCAGAGGAAACCAUGGUGAGGAACGUUCUGGAGGGGAUAAAGGAAGUAAAGGAGGGUGACUAUGUUUUCAUGUAUGACACACCGAUGUUGGAGUACCUCACCAUGAAAGACGAGAACUGUGAAAUGAUGAUGGUCGGCAAGUCUUUCCGCCAUCUUGGAUACGGGUUAGCAACCCAGCACGGAAACAGGCUGUCACACAUGCUUUCAUUAGGUAUUUUAAAGCUGAAAGAAGCGGGAAAAAUAGAUAGAUUUCGUAACGUCUGGUGGGACACGGAUGGCCAGUGUGCGCUGGACGGGGGGAUCACCACACAAGCGGGAGCAGACCGACUCGGACUGGACAGCUUCUACGGAGUUUUCGUCAUUGUUGCCGUCGGAGUAGCGCUAACAAUCAUCUAUCUGGCGGUGGAAGUCAUUUGGACGUACUGUUGCAAGCCAAAGACACAGAUGUCGGAAACAGAGUUUUCUCUGACCAAGCAAGAAUCUUCACAUCAAAGACUGUUGGAGAAAGACUUCCUUCGAGCUAUCGAUAGCGGCAUGGUGCAGAUCUUCAUCAAGAAGACAGGGAGCGCUACUGCAAAUGGGAUUGUUGCAAAUGGGGACAGAUCGUUGUAGACUGUCUAAUUUCGGAACGAAUUGACUUUCUGUUGCCAGGAACAAAAAGAAAUCGGAUCGUUUGCUCCCUGGAUCGAAAGAUUGUUGUGAAUGUUGAAGGAAAUGCAGUAGAUUUUCUUAUCUAUAAAAUCAGUCUUUGGAUGGAUACUCUCCUAAAGAUAAGUUGCAGAUAAAAGAAGUAUAAUGAAAUAUGACUAUUGUAAAAAGUAUCUUAAUAUAUUAGUGGACUAUGAAAAAAAAUACGUGUAUAUUGUAUAUCAACAGAAACUGUUGUAACAGUAAGAAACAGUAAAAUUUGUAUUCAUCAUUGUCCGAGUUUCCUAGUUCAACAACCUAAUGUUGUAAGAAAGUUAACUUUAUUUUGAUUUUGACAUCACCCACUUUACUAUGACAUGAUUUUAUAUCAGUUACCAAGAGACGUUUUAUUUGAAUAUAUACAAUAUCGUAUUAACAUGUUAAAAUAGAUAGACAUGGAUGGAUCUAGGGAACCCCAAAAAAUAAAGAAUUAUUGGAUAAGAUAAGAAUGUAAACGUCAAAAAUUGCAAUGGUUUAAAGUAUUUUGUACCGUGAACAUUAGCUACUACCCUAUUCGUAUUGAGACAAGCUUGAAAUGUUUUAGAAAAUACAGCAUUUCACAUAAAGAUACAUCACUGAAUACAAGAAUUGAAUGCAAUUUAUCGCUUAACUAUGUAAAUUGAACAUAUAUUGUACAUAGUUGAUGUUUAUUUCCUGUACGUAAAUGUAUAGGUCAUUUUGGUUAAGUAUUGUCAUACGUUUAAGUGUUUUUUUUACUCUAAUUAAAGUUUUGCAACGUUCAGUAGUCAGUCCUUGUAAAAUGUGCCAAGUUUUGACUAACCUUUACUAAGGCUUUAGUCGUAUUUAGUCCGUACUGAUCUUAGUAUAGAACCACUUUUUGUCAGAAUUAGAAAGCAAGAUAAUCGAGAAGCUUUCUAAUUUUCCAUUUUUCGUACCUUUGAUUAUUGUUUAUAAUUUAUAACUAGUAUCUAGUAUAG